AACUGAGCUCAUACUCAGAGACCUGACACAGCAACCUGAUCAAUCUGAUGGCACGAUGCUGCUGCAGCCUCUCUGGACCUUCCUUCGGGGACAAUCUCUCCUCCUGCACUCGCCUGUCUUCCCCAUUGUCUUCUCGCUGUCUGUCUACCUGUCCUUCUGCCUGCCCUUCGUGCUGCUGGACCUGCUGUCCUCCAGGUGGGCCCUGGUGCGCAGGUACAAGCUGCAGCCUCAGUGCUCCGUCAGCUGGGCCUCCAUGUGGAGCUGUGUGGCUCUGACACUAUACAACCACCUGGUCUUCAUCUUCCCAUUGACACUAAUGUAUUGGUACAUGACGCCGCUCCACCUGCCAGAGGAGGCCCCGCCCCUGCCUCACCUGCUGGCUCAGGUGCUGGUCUGCCUGCUGCUCUUUGAUUUCCAGAGCUUCGUCUGGCACCUGCUGCACCACAGAGUGUCCUGGCUCUACCGCCACUUCCACAAGGUGCACCACACCUACACCUCCACCUCGGCCCUCACCACAGAGUACUCUGGGGCCUGGGAGACUCUCAGUCUGGGCUUCUUCGCCGCCGCCAACCCCGUCCUGCUGGGCUGCCACCCGCUCACCGAGCUCGCAUUCUUCCUCCUCAACAUCUACCUGUCAGUGGAGGACCACUGCGGCUAUGACCUUCCCUGGGCCACCCAUCACCUGGUGCCAUUUGGCCUGUACGGUGGGGCCCGCCACCACGACCUCCACCACCUCAAGUCCAAGUACAACUACGCCCCCUACUUCACACACUGGGACUGGCUGGCCGGGACGCUGUGCAGGCAGCAUGACUGAACAACUCACUGUCCUUAAGUUUAUGACAGGAACAAGUUUCUGACCCAACCGAGGCAUUUUUAAACUGACCGAGGCGUUUUAAACUGGCUGAAGUGUUUGAACCCAUCAUAAGCUGAACUGAAUGAAUCUGUGUGAACUCCUCCAGAGGUCUGUGAGCUGGUCUGAAACCUCAGAGACCUCCUCAGCUUGUCUUUUACAUUAAAAGGCCUGGGGUUCAACAUCUACACAUUUAUUUAUAUAUUUAUAUAUACUGUGUAUUUAUUUAUGUAUUCAUGCAUUUAUUUACGAAUUCCAGCAGGAUGAUUAAUGAAGGCUGCAUGACUGAAAUCUGUUCACACUGCAAACAGUUUAGAAACUUAACUGUUUAUUAACGAGUAGAUGAAGACCAUGUUCAACACAGAAAACUGGAUGAGUUGAAGUCUAAUGUUGUUCAUUAAUAUCAUCAUUAAGUUCAUGUGCAGCUGAGUUCAUUAAGACGACAUGAUGAAGAUGAAAGAUUAACGAUGAUCUUUGAGGUGUCAGAACAGUGUUCAUAUUGAACAUCAGACAGAAUGUUGACCAACAUGGUUUUUAUUUAAAUGUGAACUUUGAAUAAUUAAAGAUGGACCAGAGGAAGUGAGCUGACUGAACUGAGUGAUGGACUGAAGCUAACGACUGUAACAAGUGUUAGUUAACGACUGUUAGUUAUCGAGUGUUAAUGAGGAUGAAAGCUGUUGAGAGGAGAAAUGUGUAAAUAAAGUUUUCAGUAAAGUAACAGUGAACAUAUAAAAACAGUAUUUUUAACAGCGAGAAUAAAUGUUUUGACCAAAAGUAAAAAUGUUUGUUUCUCA